GCCCCGACUACCUUAGCCACCCCAACAUCAACAACUACUCAUUGCUCUAUCGCCUUCUUACUUGCAUCUGCGAGUGCUGAACAGCACGGAUAGAUACAAGAAUGUUUCGCGCCCAGCAGAACGCCUUUGACGAUGUCGUCGCCAAGGCGACCGACGAGAACCUCACCUCGGAGAACUGGGAGUACAUUAUGGAUGUCUGCGACAAGGUGACGGGCGAGGAUAGUGGUGCCAAGGAUGUCGUGGCCAGUAUGAUAAAGAGGCUGGCGCAUCGGAAUGCCAACGUACAACUAUAUACCCUCGAGCUUGCCAAUGCCCUCAGCCAAAACUGCGGACCCAAGAUGCACCGGGAGCUGGCCUCUAGAGCAUUCACCGACGCGCUCUUGCGACUAGCUAAUGACCGGAAUACGCACCAACAAGUGAAAGCAAAGAUUCUAGAGCGAAUGCAAGAAUGGGCAGAGAUGUUCAAGGAUCCAGACCUGGGAAUUAUGAAUGACCAAUACCACAAGCUCAAGAGCCAGAACCCAAAUCUACAUCCUCCUUCAGCACCAUCGAAGAGCCGGCUUACAGAUUUGGAUCGCCAGAAGGAAGAAGAGGAGUUACAAAUGGCGUUGAAGUUAUCGAUCCAGGAUAAAACAUCACAGACACAAGCAAAGACCUCCCAGCCAGCAGCCUCAUCUGCAGCACCUGCACAAGCGCAGCCUGCUGCGCAAACAUCGGUUCCUUCUGGUACAACUGCUGCAACAGUAUCGCGUGUCAGGGCACUGUUUGAUUUCCAAGCCACUGAUCCAGAUGAGUUGACCUUCAGGAAGGGCGAUAUUAUUGCAGUGCUUGAGUCUGUAUACAAGGAUUGGUGGAAGGGAUUACUCAGGGGACAAACUGGCAUUUUCCCUCUGAAUUACGUCGAGAAACUGGCAGAUCCCACGCCGGAAGAACUGCAGCGAGAAGCACAAAUGGAAGCCGAGGUCUUUGCAGAGAUUAAAAAUGUCGAGAAGUUGCUCACGCUGCUGAGCACAUCUACUUCGGACCUGAAUGUUCGAGAUAAUGAAGAGAUUACAAAACUCUAUCAUUCGACACUCGCAAUCCGGCCAAAGCUCAUUGAGCUGAUAGGGAAAUACUCGCAAAGAAAAGAUGACUUCACGCAGUUGAACGAACGAUUCAUCAAGUCUUGCCGGGAUUAUGAGAACCUCCUCGACGCAUCCAUGACCCAGACGCAACCUGCUUAUCAAUAUGGACGUCAAGGACAUGGCUACGCUGCAGGAUACCCACCGCAAGGUGCACCAACUCAGCAAAACCCUCAAAGGUACUACAGUCCACAACAAGGACAAACAUACCCCCAGCAGACAUCAUCACCGGAUUAUCCCCCACAUCGAAAUGGCCCGGCACCUUUCUAUGUUGUAGCCCAGCAGCCUCCCGCUGAUCCUCAUGCGCAUUCGCAGCAGUAUCCUCAGCGAGAUCCAACCCCGCGCAUUCCUUCAAACCCACCUCUCCAAACCAGCUCUCCACCUCCAAAUCAAUACCCAGGGCAGACAAGCUCCCCGCCACCGAACCAAUACCCUACAGCGCAACCACAAACUGGCCACCGACCCCAAAGUACUUACUCUAGUCCACAAGAGCUUGCUACUACCACAUACGACACACCAGUGAACCAGCAACCCAACUCCGGGUAUGGCACUUCAGCCUAUUCUCAAGAUGAUGGAUACGCCCCGUCAGCUCCGUCAGCUCCCCCAAAUCAACAACCUCCUCCAAAUCAACAACAAUACAGUGCCUAUGUCCCCCCUCAACAAUCUCAGCCGCCCCAACCAGGAUACGAACCCCCCCAUCCCCCGCAAAGUGGAUACGUUCCACCUCCCGCACAACUGACCGCAGGCUAUCCAGUCACUAGCCAUGACGCCAGACAGACUUUACCUAGUCAAGUAGCUCCCCCGAGUCAGUACAAGCCAUACCAAAGACCAGGAAGCUCAGAGGGCCAUCGUCCUGGCCAACCAAGUGCUCCACCUGAAGCCCCAGCAGACUUUUAUCGGCAGAAUACAGCAUUCUAG